AUGGCGGAAGAGGAGCGUGUCGGUGGUUCGCUUUCACACCGUCACAGAUUUGUUUUAAGAAGUUUUCUGUAAACUUUGAUCGGAAUCAAACUUCCAACAGAAAGCAGCCAGCGGGUAUGUUUGACUCAGCUGACUGUAGUUGGAUGGUGAAGCAGGCCUGAGCAGUUAAGAAGGAAAGAAAAAGUUGCACAAAUCGGUUUUGAUGGAGGGACCAAAGCCAGAUGUUGAGGAGCACGACAUGGAGGAACCGAAAGUCUCCGUCAGCAAGAUGACACAACAGUCUGGUGACAGUGGAACUGAGCCUGAUCCUUAUGGAGCGGACGUCCUGUCUGCCUUUCCAGUCUGUGAGCCCCAUGACAGAUGGAGGGAGGGAGGAGAGGCAAGUCCAAGCUCCCUGAUCGAGUACUCCAUCCAUCUACGUGACCAGCACCCCACCGCCACCCCCCCUGUCACCCCACCAGCCCAGAGGCCUUGUCCAUUCACACCUCCUCUCAGUUCGGUGGCUGCUGCAGUUAACCCUGCAGAAGAUCCAGCUGUUUCUGGCCCCAUGACUGGAACCUGCAGUCCCAUUUGCUCAAUGUGCAGUCCCACUGCUUCAGACUGGGACUCUCUCAGAUCCACAUCCAGGAUUCCCAGCUGCUCUGAUGGAGAUCCUGUCAGUGCUGCUGCUCACCUUCACCUCCUGGGGGAGUCCUUGUCCCUGAUUGGACACCAUCUUCAGGAAACAGAUAAAAUGUUGAACGUGUCCAGCAGCUUGUCUCUGCUCCUCGACUCUCUGCUUUGUGCCCUGGCCCCAAUAAUCUGCCUCAACGCACAGAUACCAGAGCUCAGGAGCUGCACACAACACACACUGGCCUCUACUCUGGAAAACAUUGCCUAUAUGAUGCCUGGGCUGUGAGUGAUGAUGGAGACCACAAGGGAACAUGUGCUCUGAUAGGUUGAAAAACACCUCAGUUUAGUUUACAUAGAAAAAAGUAAGAAUCAAACCUAUUUCAUUAUAAAAUAAUAUUGGUUUGCACUUUAUAUUUGUGUUAAUUGUACACAUUAGUUUACGUUUAUGUAUUGGUUGUUUAAUUAAAAGACAUAUUUGAUA